ACCUGUAACUCAUUUCUGAAAGAUCGCAGCUUUAUCUGAAACUUGAGACCCGCAUGAUCGGAGCUUCUGGGCUUUAAAGAUCCGAGCUUUUGGGCUUUCGAAUUCUUCCUAAGAUGGAUAGUGGGGUGGUAGAUGACCAUUCUGUGGAACUUGCAACAUGUGCUCUGUGCCAAAGGGCUAUUUCGCCCGAGAAUGAGGUAAUUGGAGAUCUUGUGACUGCUAACAUGUGUGGGGACUGUAAAUUCUUGUACCUUGAAGAUCUUGGUACCCCCACUCGUGAUUCUUAUCGGAGGAGGCCGUCUAGGAGAAGAAGGGCUAGGCAACGUAGUUCUGAGUCAGUUGAGGUUGAGGAAGCUUUCUUCCAGAUGUUCCCAAAUCUGGUGCGGCAAAAUCAGUCCCCUGGCUCUGGGAUUGAGGAUCUACCUGUGGAUGGUGAUUCUGCUGCCAGGAUAGCACACCGCAGAAGUUCUCGUACUACACCAAUUGGGUCUAGAAGAAGAAGGGCUAGGUACAGUAGUUCUGAGUCAGCUGAGGUUGAGGAAGCUUUCUUCCAGAUGUUUCCAAAUAUGAUUAAUCAGGUGCGGCAAAAUCAGUUCCCUGGUUCUGGGAUUGAGGAUCUACCUGUGGAUGGUGAUUCUGCUGCCAGGAUAUCACACCGCAGAAGUUCCCGUACUACACCAAUUGGGUCUAGAAGAUGGAGGCGGGUUCUCUCUGAUACUGAAAGUGAUGGUUUUGAUAACACGGAUUCUCUAUAUGGGGAGAGUGAAUCAAAUGUCAGUUUUGGGCGGUACAGGGUGUCUCAUGAUGUGAGCGAUGUAAUUUCUUUUAGUGCUUAUGGUGGUGAUUCCGAUGCUUCUGUAGACCUGCAGGGUUUCCUGGAUACAGAGACAUUUAUCCAACCGGAUGAUGGAAGUGCUUUUGAUAGUGAUACUGACAUUGAUCCAAUGCAUGCUGGUCUCAACCCAUGGAACUCAGAUGACCCUGAAGAAGAUGACGACGAUGAGGAGGAUGAAGAAGAUGAUGAAUGGGAAGAAGUCGAGUCUGUGGAAAACAUGGUUGAAUCUGCAGAAGCCAAUAGUCGACCACGAAACCCUUUGAAUUUGAGUUCUGGAAGAAGAAACCGCCCAGUCAAUCGGAGACAUGUUACUGGAACUGAUGGUCCACUUAUUUGGGGAAUGAGGGAAAGGAAUACCCGUGACAUCUUAUCUAACUUUGAUGAGUCAGACAUGAUGCCUUAUGUUACAAAUUCUGGUGAUUAUCUUGAUGCAGUAGGCUUUGAAGAAUUGCUGGAGCAUCUUGCUGAGGCAGACAGCUUGAGACGAGGAGCACCUCCUGCUGCUGUCUCCUUUGUGAAUAAUCUGCCUCUCAUUCUUAUUAGUAAGGAACAUGAGAAGCAUGAUGACUUGGCUUGUGCAAUUUGCAAAGAUCUAUUGACUAUCGGCACUGAAGUGAAUCAGCUUCCUUGCUUUCACUUGUAUCACCCUUCCUGUAUUAUGCCAUGGUUGAGUACACGGAAUUCUUGUCCCCUUUGUCGUUAUGAGCUACCAACUGAUGACAGAGAUUAUGAAGAGGGGAAGCGGAAUGCUGGUGGUAGAGUGGAGAUCCACGUCAGGCGGCAGAAUGCUAGAGAGGAUAGGUCUAUUGGUACUUCUAAUAGGGAUGAAGAAGAUGAAGAUCCUGCAUUAAUGUUUGGAACUAGAGUGGAACAUAGGUUCCAAGUAGGCAGGCAACCUGACUCUAAUACCUCUGGUGGAGAAAAUAGUCGGGGGAGUUGGUUUCUUCUUGCUGCUGCUCCAAUUGUCAGUCUUGUGGGGAUAGUUCUGGUGCUGUGGUUGGGAACUCCCCUACUGGAAAGAAGAGGUCUGGCAGCACAGGGCAGCUUCGCUGAUCAGGCCCGACGCCACAGUCAUGUUGCUGGUGAAUUACCCCACUACAGGCAGAACAGAAGCAGGAGAUGGUGGUCUCUUUUCUGAGGGGUUCUCAAAGUGUUGGUAAAUAAGUUUGGUGUUCUGUUGUUCUUCCUGACUACUUGUGUAUUGGACCCUGUGACAGUUGUGUUGUGUCAUAGACAUCGGCAACAUUCCCCGGUUUCUGAUGGCACAAUUAUGUCAAUUGUGGUCCAUUAAGUUGUAUCACUAGACAUAUUUAUCACCAAAUUUGAGUUUCAUUUUCCUAUAUAUUAUGAGGUUUAUAUUACCUGCUGAAAUUUGAAUUGUUUCAAGUUUCUUAAA